AGCGAUGGCGGCGGGGCAGGCGCGGGGCGAGCGCGGCUCGGCCGUGGUGGAACUGCCCCGCGCGCCGCGGCUGGUGUGUGUGGAGUACCCGGGGCUGGUGCGGGAUGUCCAGGCCAUGCUGCGGACGCUGGGAGGAGAGCAGGGGGUGUCGCGGAUCUAUGCGGACCCUGCCAAGAGGCUGGAGCUGUAUUUCCGCCCCAAGGACCCUUACUGCCAUCCCGUGUGUGCCAAUCGCUUCCCCGCCUCCACCGUGCUGCUCAAGGUGAAGAGGAGGACCAAGAAGAAGAAGCAGCAGAUGGACACCGAAGAACAAAUCCAGCCAGAAGUCCAGUUUGAAAUGGAAAUUCUUGGGACCGUCGCCACCGUUUACAAAUUUCAAGGAAUGUCUGAUUUCCAGUACCUGGCAAUGCACUCUGGUCCUGAUGGCAAACCAACCUCCAUGUAUGAUAAAGUCCUGAUGCUCAAACCAGAAAAGGAAGAGUUUUUCAACAGGGAAUUACCUCUCUACAUCCCACCACCAAUUUUCUCACGUCUGGACACUCCCAUUGACUACUUCUAUCGUCCGGAUAUCCAGCACCGGGAGGGAUACAACAAUCCCCAGGUGUCUGGUGAGAACCUGAUUGGCCUCAGCAGGGCCCGUCGCCCACACAACGCUAUAUUUGUGAACUUUGAUGAUGAAGAAAUCCCAACUAAACCCCUGGAUGCUGCUGUACAAACCUGGAAGAAAAUGUGCACCAACCCUGUGGAUAAAAAAGUGGAGGAAGAGCUAAGAAAGCUCUUUGAAGUCCGUCCUGUCUGGUCUCGAAAUGCAGUAAAAGCCAAUAUCAGUGUCCACCCAGACAAGCUGAAACUUCUGUUGCCAUAUUUGGCCUAUUACAUGUUAACAGGUCCUUGGAGAAGCUUAUGGGUUAGGUUUGGGUAUGACCCCAGGAAACACCCUGAAGCAAAGAUUUAUCAAGUACUGGACUUCCGAAUUCGCUGUGGAAUGAAAUAUGGUUAUGCCCCUAAUGAUAUGCCCGUGAAAGCAAAACGCAGCACAUAUAACUACAGUCUGCCCAUCACUGUCAAGAAGCAAGCAAGUCAUACAGUCAGUGUACAUGAUCUGAAACAGGGUCUUGGUACAUCUGCUGCAGCUGGUACAAAAAAGCCUGCCUGCAGCAGGUAUAAACUGAAGGAAUCCAUCUACGUUUUCCGAGAAGGAGCCUUACCCCCUUACCGGCAGAUGUUCUACCAGCUCUGCGACUUGAACGUGGAAAGCCUACAGAAAAUCAUCCGUCGGAAUGACGGCGCUGAAUCCGAAUGCACAGAGCGGGAUGGGUGGUGCCUCCCAAAGACCAGCGACGACCUCAGAGACACCAUGUCCCUGAUGAUAAAGCAGAUCAUCAGAUCCACACGACCUGCUCUUUUCUCAAAUACAACAAGUAGUGAAGAUGGCAAAGAGCAGCUGGCCUAUGAGACAGGAGAGGAUGAGGAUGAUGAAGAGGAAGAGGAGGAAGAAGACUUCAAGCCUUCUGAUGGGAGUGAAAAUGAAAUGGAGACAGAAAUCCUGGACUAUGUGUGACCUCAGUGAGCUGCCUGUGUGCUCUGGGACAGGAUCCAUGGUCUCUGCUCAUGUUACUUGAGAACUGAGGGUUCAGCAGCCCUCAGGACGUGGGAAAGCAGAACUUGUGCUCAGAUGCUGAUGACCUGUUUGCACUGCCUGUGAUGGGUGUCAUUCCUGAUGUUAGGGAACAGUGCCUACAUGUUCAUAGUUGCUGGCUAAUAAGCCCUCAAGCAGCUCAACAAACUCCCAGGCACCAAAAAUAAACACUUAGAAAUGUGAGAUAAAACCCUGAAGCCAAGUUUUCUAUCAACAGGAGGCCCAAGGCCAGGAAGCACUUGUGCCAGAGUUCAUUUCUUAUCCAACUACCUUCAAAAUUUGUCAGCUGGGAAGACUGCAGUGAUUUGGAUGUUUAAUUCUUCCUGAGCUGGUGUUACCAGCCUGUCUGUACAAUGUGAUCCUUUCAUUUCCAAACACUCAGGCUUUAAAGUAAUCUACAUAGCCAAAGGCACAGAGAAGUUCUGGAUAGUGCAGCUGCAUCUUUAACACUCACACUCAGAAUCACCACAACAUCCAAGUAAUCUCCAUUGUUGCAAUUAAAAACCAGAAAACAGAGGUGCUGGCCAUGGCAGGAAAGGAGGCCUCCAGCACCACAGGAAUGAUGCCUCCAACCAAGGCACCCUACUCUCUCCACACCAGAAGGUCCAACCACUCCAAGUGCUCUUAAAGUCAUUGCUUACAGCCAAAAAAACAAAGAGUCAACUAGAAAAUGCAAUAACUCACAGGUUCACAUAAGAGGGGUGAAAAUCAGGCACCAGUCCCUCAAACAAAACACCUUUAUCUUAGUUCAAACCCAACCCAAAGGUCAACUCAGCAGAGCUAAGGGAGAACAGGUGCCAGGAGCUUCACUCCUCUUCCUCCAGGACCAUGCCAGCAUUUUGGGGAAGGAGGACAGGACAAGCCCUGCCUUGGGGCAUAGUCUUCUGAGCAUCAGUAUUUUAUUGCAAAGACUAAUUACAUUGCUGUGUACAAGUCACACUAGGCAGUGUGCUCCUUCAUUGAAGUGGUACAAAAUACAUAUGGUACAGUCAGUCCCUUGCAUGAUGGGGCUGCUGGGUAACAGCAGUAGGGGCCAGCAUGGCCCAAGGGGAGCAGAAGCAGAGGGCAGACCCUGGGGUGCUGGUGCCCAGGGGCAGAGGCUGAGCUUUGGGCAGGGUGGGGGGGCAGGAGGCUGCCCCUGCGUCAGGGAGCCAGGGGCUCCCAUCAUCUGCAGCGACGGGCGAUGCCACCCGAGGGGCUGGGAGAGCUCAGCUCUGGCCACCACCCACAGCCGCUCCCCCCACCCCGGUGCUGGGGGCCCACGGCCCCACUCCUGCCACCAGCCUCAGCUACUCUCUUGGCGCUGGGAAGGUGCUGCACCCGCCCAACAGCUCAGAUGGGGAAACAGGAAAGAUGUGCUGGAAGGAAGCGCUGAAAAAAACCCCCACGAGGUGGAGCCAGAGGCUAAAAAAAGUCCCCCUUCAGUUAGCGUUUCCUACAGUGAUUCUAACGAGCCUCUCUGCCCCUGCUCCAGUGACUAGUGGUAGAGAAAUGAGGGAGAGGGCAGCUGUGGGGUCUGCACCCCACAAGCACAGCAAAGCACUGCAGCUGCCAACGGCCCUCCCAGCAGCCUUAAAUACCAGGGUGGGGAGAGGAGAGGGACUGGGCUGCAGGGGGUGGGGCUGGGUUAGUAAAAUGUACAAGUUCAUCUCUUCUAUUUACAACCAAUAAAUAUUGAAAAAAAAAAAAAA